AUGGCCUGCACCAGGUUGAAUGCCUAUUAUAUACCAGUGUACACUGCCAUUUCCGUUUUUAUCCUAAUCGGUCUUUAUUACAUUCUCAGCGGUGAAGGUCAUAGAUUCGACAUAGGAUGGGUUUUGGCGGGAACAUCACCAUAUCUAUGGGCUGCAAUGGGUGUUGGAUUGGCUAUCUCUUUGUCUGUCGUUGGAGCUGCUUGGGGUAUUUAUAUAACCGGCUCUAGUAUUCUGGGAGCUGCUGUUAAAGCACCUCGUAUCCGGACAAAAAAUUUGGUCAGUAUUAUUUUUUGUGAAGCUGUCGCCAUUUAUGGAAUCAUUACAGCGAUUGUUAUGCUAAGUCAAAUCGGAUCUUACAAUCCAGUUGGCGCUAGCGAGAGCAUAAUUCGUCAAGCACAUCGAGCUGGUUUUUCAAUGUUUGCAGCUGGUCUGACUGUCGGUUUCUGUAAUCUGAUAUGCGGUGUCUGUGUUGGUAUGGUUGGUUCAGGUGCAGCUUUGGCGGACGCGGCAAAUUCUGCCUUAUUCGUUAAAAUACUCGUUGUGGAGAUAUUCGGUAGUGCUAUUGGUUUAUUUGGUAUCAUUGUGGCUAUUCUUCAGAUUUCUGGGAAGAAGAUUUCCGAUAAAGGUUAA